AUGUCAAUGGCUACUUCAUCGAUCUUUUCCGUCAUCAACACCCUUAUAAACUCUUGCUUUAUCAAUUUGCUCUCUAACUCAAUCUCAAAUAUCUCAGCUCACUAUGAUAUCUCCAAUGAGAUGUUUGAAGCCUUUCUCUCAAAAGACAUGACGUACUCCUGCGGUUAUUUUACUGAGCAACUUGGUGGACUUGUUGGCGAUCUACAGCCGCACACCUCAACACUUUCAAAGCAAAAUAAUCAAGACACCCAGGACUCUCUUGAAGAAGCCCAGUAUGCACAACUUGACUUGAUCAUUUGUAAAGCAAACAUUGGUCCUACAGAUCACGUCCUCGACAUAGGUGGAAUACUUCCUACUGUUACCUUUAUGGCUGAUGCAAUUACCAAAGGAUCCAAAAAACAAUUGAUCAUUGACUCAAUUGGAAAUAGCGGACCUUAUUACGCAUGCACACUACGCGAAUGGCAACAUAGAUUUGAAUUGAACUUUGAAUCCCUUAUCAUCCCGAGCUUGAUAUCAAGCUACCCAGACCUCGAAGGUCCUCCUGAACAAAUUGAAGUCUUCCGACGUAAAUGGCUAUGUGAGUGUCCUCUUACCCGUCGUCCUAAAGCUGUAUGCUGA